CACUUCCCUCUGGAAUUAUAAUAUACUCCUGUAUAAAAUUGCCACAGAUCCACUGUUAUGAUAUCAUCUUACUAUCCCCCUGGGAGAGUCACAUGACCUCUGUUAAGAUGGAGGGGGGGGGUGGGUGUCAAACUGUCUCAAUGAAAACCACAUGGAGGGAGGAGAGAGCUGGGACUAAGGGAGAACCCAACAUGAGUAACAGGGCAGAAAAGGGGGGAAAGGAGAGCAGCAGCAGGGAAGGAUUGAGACUCAGGAACCAGGACCCAGACCAGAACCAGGACCACGGACCCAGAGUAACCCCUGCCAGCAUGUCUGAGUCCAUCAGGAGGAGAAACUCCAGCAAGCAGCUGCUGCAGAACCUCAUCAGGGUGACGGCACAGCGCAGCCAGGAGGAUGCAGAGGAGCUGGAACGGGAGCGAAGGAGGAGAGCCAGGGAGAAGCAGAGAGAAGAAGGGAUCUCCUUCCCCGAACCACAGCAACAGGACAACAUCACACACAGCACAAAGUCCGAUGAGGCGCUGAAACCCUCCUGUUCUGUCCUGGAGGAGGACGAAGGUUUCAGCGACUGGAGCCACAGGUUGGAAAACCGCAAUGAGCAGGAAGUGCCGGAUAACUUCAGGGCAAAGAAGCAGAAAUCUGCAGCAGCAUCAGUAGCUGGGGAACACAAGCAUGAAGAUGUCCAAGAAGAGGUCAAAGAUGAACAUGGAGGAAGAUCAAUUAAUGCAGAAACAUCCAGCUCCCAAACUCCAGUCAGGACAUCAUACAGCUCCUCUGUCUUCCUGUCCCAGGACGCCAGGCAACACCACACUGCAGGACACCCUGCAGACAGGACGUCCUACCUGGCAGCAGGGACGAUGAAGACACGGAACGUCGACCACAGCGGAGCAGCUGCCAGACUGGCAAUGGAGGAGGAGCAGAAGAUGCAGGAGGGUAGUAAAAAGGAGGUGAAGGCGACGCUGCAGAUGGCGCCACAGAGCUCAGCUGAUGAAGAGAUCCAGGAGGAGGAAGACCAAUCCAGGGGAGAUCUCCUCAUCAGGAGGGAGCCGGCACACAGGGCAGCAGAGGAGGAGGAGGACGAGGAGGAGGAGGGACAUCAUGAAAUGCAGAAUAAGACGUCAGAGGAGAGUCAAAGAUGUGGUGAGGAGGAGAGCAGCGGGCCUGUGGGGUCUCCUGAUGACUACAACGAAGGAGAGGACUCGUUAAACUGCUACGGCCCCAUGAGUCCGACAUUCAAGAAACUCCUCAUACAGUUCUACCCAGACGAGGUGAGCAGUCGAGUCUCACCUGAUGGAAAAUGUGCGAUAACAGAGAGGACAGAAUCUCUCAGGAGAAGCACCAGCAACAUAAAGAAGACAUUGCCACCUCUUCCUGUUUCCAAGAUUGAUAAGCGACUGGAAGAAUACACACAUGCUCUUGAGGUAUCCUCAAAGGAAGGGAGAUCAGGCUGCCAGGUGCUGACGGAUCUUACGAGUCAAUCCGAACCAGUCGCGUCAAAGAAGAGCCUGUUUGAAGCUGGAGAAGCCUGGAACCAAAACGCCAUCUCAGUCACACCAUCCAAGGAUGCAGAUGGUUUAAAAGUUGGUGUUGCUGAUCUCAUCAACCAAUGGGUAAAAGGAGGUGAUGAUGGAAGCAGGAGCUGCUCACCUUCAAAACCAGCAGAAAUAAGACCUGGUGGGGUUUUAAACAAGAAGAAUUUAUGGGAAAGCCUCAGUGACACUUUAUCUUCAACAAGAGAUGGAAAGGAAAACUCUACGAAAAGGUAUAAAUAUGUGGUGACCGGUCACGGCAAGUAUGCAAAAGUUUCUGGUAACGGCUACAGCGAAGAUGUAAGCUGCCAGUCAGCUGGACAAUUCUUUGAAGAUUUGUAAAACAUUUGUUUGGAAUAUUGGAUUACAAGCCACUGUCUCUUGACCAUUCUCUCUUUGUCGAACUAUAUCCUGGACAAACACCUAAAUCCUUGCUUUGUUUUGUUUUGUGACUGAAAUCCUUAUGUACUCAUUGUAUCUUUGAAUAAAUCUGAAUAAAAUGGUUCCUACGGUUUGA